CACUUCUGUGCUCUUCUCCCUGCUCAUAUCAUUUCUCCUCUUUGAGAAAAUUAAGAGAGCAUACUUAGCCCAGUGAGGGCUGUGAUUGGCUCUUCGUCAGCGUUUAAGCACUGUAGCUGUAUAAAACCCCAACUGUGGGAGGAGGCUUCACUAAGACAGAGCGUACUGCUGACUUACUGAGUGGACUACCAGUCAUAAUAUUACAACCUUUUCCUCUGCGCUCAAAACCACUGCAAAUCAUUCUCCUUGAUUUUGAUUUAGCAAAGAGGCAACAUGUGUAAGGGAUUAGCAACACUGCCUGCAACCUGUAUGAAAAGUGCCAAAGACAUCAAGCACAAGAUUGGAUUUCUGCUCCAUAAGCCUGAGUUUCCACCAGACAAGGAACAGAUAAAAGAGAAGACCAACAUUGCCAAGAGAGUUUCACCUGCUGAUGUGGAAAAAUGGAAACUGUCCUUCAACAACCUGAUGAAUAGUGAAGCUGGCCGUACGGUGUUCACUACCUUCCUGAAGGCAGAGUUCAGCCAGGAGAACAUGGAGUUCUGGAAAGCUUGUGAGAAAUACAAAAUGUCAGCCCCCAAAAAUAUGGCAGGUAAAGCCAAACAGAUCUAUGACCAGUACGUCGCGGCAGACGCUCUUAACGAGGUGAACUUGGACUCAGCAACGCGAGAGGAGACCAGACAGAACCUGUCGAAUGCCGGCCCAUUCUGUUUCGACAAUGCCCAGCAGAAAAUCUUCACUUUGAUGGAGAAAGACUCAUACAGAAGGUUCCUCUAUUCCAAACUGAUCCAGGAUCUGUCCCCGUUGCCCACCACCACCCAACUCAGUGCUCUGGAGAAAAGGGGAGGGAUGAGAGGCUGUUCUGAGAACGGUGGUGCAUAGACAGAGAUGGAGAGAGAGAAACAUUGACAAUUAAAGCACUCUGUCAUAAUCUGUGAGGGAAAGAGUAGGUAGUCUUGAAGAGAAAACAUUGUUAUGAGUGGGUGGAUUUAGAUUUUUUCUGUCCGUUGUUCAAGAUAACUAUUUGAACACGUAUCACAAAUUGCUUAUCUUUCAGACUAGGGUAUGCUUGGAGAGGGAGAGAAGAAAACGAUCAGAGAUGUGAUUUUCAGGACGAAAUAUCAUCCUCUUUCUCCUGAUUUUCAUUUUGUGAGGGUCUACUUUCUUUCCAUUUAAUAUCUUCCUGAGCUCUAACAAGAGUCAAAUGAUUCAAACAGGCAUUUAGGUAUUUCACUCUGGUCAGCUCCCUGUAUCCCCUCUGUCUGGCUUUCAUCAAGGGUUCAACGCUAAGUCAUGCAUGUUUGCCAAUAAUGCUUUCCGACUUGAAAAUGCUCUUCCUCAAACUGAGUGUUAAAUUAGAUAAUAGUUUAUGAAUGGAGAUAACUAUGUCUGGAUUGGUGUUAAAAGCUCCUUUCACCUGACUGAUGUUUUUGUUUUUCUAUCAUUACUUUACCUUAGGCUAGUUUGUGCACUGCUGAGGUGUAGCUCACUUGCCCUCUGUUAACCUGCCGAUGAAGUCAUGACCAGGUGAUGUUUUGUUUCACAACACAGGGAAAAACAAUGAGGAACUACCUCUCUAUCCAUCCCUAUCCCACUUUCUGGGUGACCUGAACAUUGACUGGUUAGCAACUAGCUGUCUUCUCAAGAGGAAGCUUGUGACUAAAAAAAGAUAAAUUACAUAAAACACAAUGGAAAAAUACUUUGGAUGACCUUAAAUGAUGUUGUGGGCAGAAAACCUCUCGAUAUUGCCAGUCAUUUCAAUUACUAUUUCACUAGUAAAGUGGAAAAACUCUUAAGUGAAAUGACAACAAUUAACAGUGAAACAUCAUAUUUUUGUAUGAAAGAUCUAAUAAUGAAAGAGAAGGAUUGCUGUUUUGAAUGGUCAAUUUAGUGUGGGAGAGGUGGAAAAACUAUGGUUAUCAAUCAGUAAUCAAAAAACCACUGGGUAUAGACAACCUUGAUGGGAAACUAUUGAGAAUGGUAGCAGACUGUAUUGCCACUGCUAUUUGCUACAGUUUCUUCAGAAAAUAUUCACACCCUUUGACAUUUUCCACAUUUUGUGGUGUUAUAGACUGAAUUUUAAAUGGAUAACAUUUAGAUUUUUGUCAGUGACCUACACACAAUACACCAUAAUGUCAAAGUGGAAUUGUGCUUUUCAACAAAAAAAUCUAAUUAAUUCAAAAUAAA